GAAGAAUAAAAUCCUGGACAAAAUUUCAAUCGGGUUACUUCCUGCAACUUACUGACUCUGCGCCUGUAGAGACCAUUUGGAGGAGACUUGUAUAUACGUAUCCCAGCCCGACGCAUUACGGGAUCAAUGUCUUCAUAUGAUGUGCUUGUCACCGGUUCAGCAGGCCACCUCGGCACUGCUCUCAUGCUGUCCCUUCCUUCGCUCGGCUUCACUCCUUUUGGCAUUGAUAUCCUGCCUUCCUCCACCACCACAAGUGUAGGAUCGAUUACGGAUCGAGCUUUCAUCGCCUCCAUCUUCAAGUCCCAACCCAUCAAGCAUGUCCUCCACCCUGCAACAUUGCACAAGCCGCACAUCUGCAGCCAUAAAAACGAGGACUUCGUCUCAACAAAUAUUCUCGGAACGCUAGUCCUCCUCGAAGAAUCAGCCAAAUACAGCCACCGGAUCGAGAGCUUCGUCUUCUUCAGCACGACCAGCACAUUCGGCAUGGCACUAAGUCCCAAGCCGGGAUUCCCCGCCGCAUGGAUCGACGAAACUGUCGUCCCUGAGCCCAAAAACAUUUACGGCGUGACAAAAGUCGCAGCGGAGGAUCUCUGCGCCCUGAUCCAGAAGCAGAGUGGCAUGCCGGUGCUGGUUCUCCGUACGAGCCGCUUUUUCCCCGAGGAGGAUGACGACGAGGGACGCCGCGCGGCCAUGGGCGAUGAGAACUUGAAGGUUUUGGAGCUUGCGUAUCGCAGAUGCGAUAUUGAGGAUAUUGUGCGGGCGUCGGUCUGCGCGAUGACGAAAGCGAGGGAUAUUCGCUGGGGGAAGUACAUCAUCAGCGCGCCGCCGCUCUUCAGGAAUGAUGCGAACACGCUCGACAGGCUUAACCGGAACCCGGAAGAGGUGUUUAACGAGAUGUGUCCGGGAUUAGGGGCUGUGUUUGAGCAGAAAGGGUGGAAGCAUCUUCCGAGGAUUGAUCGGGUGUAUGAUUCUAGCAAGGCGAUGAGGGAGCUGGGAUGGGAGCCACAGUAUACAUUUGAGAAGACCGUGGAGAGGUUGGCAAUGGGUGGAGAAUGGAGGAGUGAAUUGACGGCGAAGGUAGGCAGGAAGGGGUACCAUGCUGUGAGCACUGGGGUGUAUACAAAGCGAUAGACUUUAUAUCAGAAGUAGAGGUUAUCACAUCAUACCCUCUUUCCAGAAAAAGACGAGCAAUGACAGAAGAUCGGAUUUGACCGCGUUCUUUUGCUGAUUUAUGACGGUGAAGAGGGAGGCGGAUAUCCAAGCCAGACACCACUCGUUAGCUGUCAGAAUUGGUAUAUUGAAAUCGUCAAAGCCCUGAUGGGAGCAGAAGUUGAUGUUGGAUCUAACACUGAGGCUGAACACUGCGUUGUUUACUGUCAGAAGAUGGAUGCAUGGACCGGUCCCAGCCCUUUCCCAUAGCCUUCUAGUGUUCUCUGGUACAUAUUCUCCGAAUCCAC